AGGGCCCGGCCCAGGAACCGGAAGUCGUCAUCGCCGGGGUCGCUGGCUGUGGUGAGUCCUGGGCCGAGCGCUUGUUCCGGGCGCGGGCGGCCCGUCGGGGGAAAAGAAGGGCCACGCUGCGGCUUCCGAGUCGUCCGGCCCGGGCCCACGUUUGCAUCCGCCGCCCGGCUCCGACCGCUCCGGACUGGCCUGGACGCCUUCCCGCCGGCUAGCGCAGGAAGCGGCCGCGUCUUCCCGCUUGCCCCUCUCCUGACGGCUCCGGGUGGGAGCAGCUGAGAGCAGCGGCAGCCAGGAGCUCACCUGCCUCCCUUUCCCACGUGUUCGGGGCCUGUUCGUGAUGGGUGAAGAGUAGCCUGGGGAUGUGAACAUAAUGAGUGUAAACCAGCAAGCUCACACGGGGCCAUCUUAUGGACAAUCACAGCCUGGAUAUGCGAAUUACAUGCAGCCGGACUAUGGAGGACACCAAAUGCAAAGUGUUCCUGCCUCUCAGUACGGUCCUUACAAUGGCCCAGUGACAGGAUACCAACAAGCAGGCCCUCCCCAAGGUUACUAUCCUUCCCUGGGGUUUCCUUCUAAGAAUCCUCCUGUCUCUCUUGAUUCUGAUGCUUCCUUUGCUCCUAACUCCCUAGGUUCUCUAAGAGCGCCCCCCACCUCAUCUGGAGCAUCUGCAUCAACAUCUGGAACGUUAAUCCCUUCUGGACAGCCUGCCUGUAGUCAGCUUGGACAAGGAGAUGUACGAAAUGGGAUACCUGCUUCUACAGUUCCCUUGCAAAGAGCCUCUGCUUCUCAACAGUUCGUGGCAGGCACAGCACCUCCUUCUGUGGCUCACCCUCCUGCUUUCCAGCAAUACGGACUGCCUCCAACUAGCACCCAACAGCUGGCCAAUCAGAUGGCAGAAAUGCAGAUAGGCAGGGGGUCAUCCUCUAUUCCAUCCCCAGCUGGAUUGAACUAUGGUCCUCCAACGUCAGUUAUACCUGCCUCAGGAAGUUUUAUUGCCCCUGGAUCUGGGCAAUAUAUGUCACAUUCAGGCCAAGGUCCACCACCUCCGAAUGUUUCUCAUGGAUUGCCUCCUACCACUUUGUCUCAGGGAUCGGGUCCCUCGGCCCUGCAUACUUCCUCUCAACCCCCCCUAUUUGCUCCCCCACCUUCAUCUGCUGGGGUUGGAGCAUCCAGUUAUCCUCCCGCUACGGGGAUUUCAAGGCCUCCCACAAUGCAGGGUGCGUUGUUGCCUGGACCACCAAUUGCUGGGCUGCUGACUUCCCAGCCAAAUCAUGUGACCUCACCACCACCUCAGCCACUUAUGACAGGACCGCUUCCUAGGCCACCAGUAACAGGACUGCAGGGACCACCUCCUGUCCAUCCUUCACAACCAGGAUACGCGCUGCAGCAAAAUGGUUCUUUUGGGCAAAAUAGGGGAACUCAACCAAUGUAUGGUGCAGCUUUCCCCGGACCAGCAAAUUAUGGAAGUCAGCCUGCAGCACCACCACCUCUUCCCAAACGACUUGACCCAGACUCUAUUCCUAGCCCACAACUCAAUGAGCUGCCACCUCAGCAGAAACCCAGGCACAGAAUAGAUCCUGAUGCAAUUCCUAGCCCAAUUCAGGUCAUUGAAGAUGACAGGAAUAACCAUGGGUCAGAACCAUUCAUCACAGGAGCACGUGGACAAGUCCCACCUCUUGUUACUACAAAUUUCUUGGUGAAAGAUCAAGGUAAUACAAGUCCCCGCUACAUAAGAUGUACUUCUUAUAAUAUUCCCUGCACUUCAGAGAUGGCUAAACAAUCUCAAGUUCCUCUUGCUGCAGUUAUAAAACCGUUGGCUACACUUCCCACAGAAGAGGCCCCUCCUUAUCUGGUGGACCAUGGGGAAUCGGGUCCCAUUCGGUGCAAUAGGUGUAAGGCGUACAUGUGCCCCUUUAUGCAGUUCAUUGAAGGAGGAAGACGAUUCCAGUGCUGCUUCUGCAACUGUGUUACUGAGGUGCCAUCUCAUUACUUCCAGCAUUUGGAUCACACAGGCAGGCGAGUGGAUUACUAUGACAGACCUGAAUUAUCACUGGGCUCCUAUGAAUACCUAGCUACCGUUGACUACUGCAAGAAUAACAAGUAUCCCAACCCUCCUGCUUUUAUUUUCAUGAUUGAUGUGUCGUACAACGCAGUGCGGAGCGGCUUGGUCAGACUGAUAUGUGAAGAACUGAAGACCCUCCUGGAUUAUCUCCCCAGAGAAGGAACUAUGGAAGAAUCAGCCAUCCGUGUGGGUUUUGUCACCUACAACAAAGUUCUACACUUCUACAAUGUCAAGAGCUCCCUGGCACAGCCGCAAAUGAUGGUUGUUUCCGAUAUAGCAGAUAUGUUUGUCCCUUUGCUUGAUGGCUUUCUUGUAAAAGUGAGUGAGUCUCGCGCUGUUUUUACCAGCCUGUUGGAUCAGAUCCCAGAUAUGUUUGCUGAUACAAGAGAAACAGAAACAGUGUUUGCUCCCGUGAUUCAGGCUGGCAUGGAAGCUCUAAAGGCUGCAGACUGUGCUGGCAAGCUUUUCAUAUUUCACACAUCGCUGCCUAUCGCAGAGGCUCCAGGGAAGCUGAAGAACAGAGAUGACAAGAAACUGAUGAAUACCGAUAAAGAAAAGACUCUGUUUCAGCCUCAGACCAAUUUCUACAACAACCUAGCCAAGGAUUGUGUGGCCCAAGGGUGCUGCGUGGAUCUUUUCCUUUUCCCAAAUCAGUAUUUGGAUGUAGCUACCAUGGGGGUCGUUCCAUAUCAGACUGGUGGCUCCAUUUAUAAAUACACAUACUUUCAGGUGGAAACAGAUCAGGAACGCUUCUUGAAUGAUUUACGUAGAGAUGUUCAAAAAGAAGUUGGAUUUGAUGCGGUGAUGAGAGUGCGUACUAGCACAGGUAUUCGAGCAACAGAUUUCUUUGGAGCUUUCUGUAUGAGCAAUACGACAGAUGUGGAAUUAGCAGGUUUAGACUGUGACAAAACAAUCACUGUGGAAUUUAAACACGAUGACAAGCUAAGAGAAGACAGUGGAGCCUUACUUCAGUGUGCUGUAUUGUAUACCAGUUGUGCAGGACAGAGGCGCCUGCGCAUUCACAAUCUCUCCCUGAACUGCUGCACACAGCUGGCUGACCUUUAUAGGAACUGUGAGACAGACACACUGAUCAACUUUCUGGCUAAAUUUGCAUAUCGUGGAGUACUGAACAGUCCAGUCAAAACUGUGAGAGAUACAUUGAUCAAUCAGUGUGCCCAGAUCUUAGCAUGCUAUCGGAAAAACUGUGCUAGCCCUUCUUCUGCUGGACAGCUGAUCCUUCCUGAAUGCAUGAAACUUCUCCCUGUGUAUUUGAACUGUGUUUUGAAAAGUGAUGUGCUCCAGCCCGGAUCUGAGGUCACCACUGAUGAUCGGUCCUACAUCCGCCAGCUAAUCAGUACUAUGGAUGUUGCAGAAACGCACGUUUUCUUUUAUCCCAGACUGUUACCACUGACCAAAAUAGAUUACAACAGCAACGCCUUACCAACAGCAAUCAGAAACUCAGAAGAACGUCUCUCCAAGGGUGACAUUUACCUACUAGAAAAUGGCCUGAAUAUAUUUUUAUGGGUAGGAGUAAAUGUUCAACAAGGCCUGAUCCAAAACCUCUUUGGAGUCUCAUCAUUCAGCCAGAUCAACAGCUCUAUGUGUACACUACCAGUUUUGGACAAUCCCUUUUCAAAAAGAGUGCGAUCCAUUAUUGAUACGUUCCAGGCUCAAAGAUCACGCUACAUGAAGCUUAUCAUUGUGAAGCAGGAAGACAAACUAGAUCUGCUGUUCAAACACUUCCUGGUGGAAGAUAAGAGCAUGAAUGGGGGGGCUUCGUACGUGGACUUCCUCUGUCACAUGCACAAAGAAAUUCGCCAGUUGUUGAGCUAGAGUCAGAAUUAUGCUGGAUGCCAGCAUUGACAUCUGUCAGGUUCAGCUGAUUGACUGCUCAUAAGCGAACCCAUCUCCCUUUGGAAGGACUAUAGAAAAACCUGUAUAAUUUCAUAAUUUUAAUAUACUUCAUAAAGUUUCAGCAUCUCCCAAAAUCUUUUAGAGAGAGACAUGAAUGAUCAAAACACCUACUUAGGGUGAUGAAAAAAAACAGUAUGAUUCUGGGUCCUAAAUCUACGCCACUCACUAAGAUUGGCAGAAAACGACAUCAUUUUUCUCCUGACAGAAGAAAAGCAAUCACUCUCCAAGAUUAGAUGGUGAUGCAAAGUUUGUGUAUAUGAUAAGUCUCUAUGAAAAGAAAAUAAGCCAAAUAGGAAAAGGUGGUGGCUGGCCUACUCAGCUGGGACGUGGAUGUCAGAUAGGGUGGUCACUUCUUAAAAUUUAAGGAUUCAAUAUACUGUAAUCAAAUUGUAGAAUGGUGUCUUUAAAAAAAAAAUCCCAGAUUUUGAGCUAGAGAAAAAAUUGACUCUGUAAUUGUGUUGCUACACAAAUUUGCCUUGAAAUAAGUAAAUGGAAACAAGCAGGUCCUGUCUCUUGGAAAGUUAAAUCUGUCUUUUGGUUGGUGUGAAUUGGUAUGGCCAUCAUCCUUUGAGAAAAGAAGCAUCUUUUUGCCAGUAUCUUGUUUUGUCUCUUUUUUCCUAUUUGCAUGCUAGGUUUUAAUUAAGUAUCUUGAAGAUGACCAUGAUUUUCUCCUUUAAAAGAAAUGUUUUAUAACAAGAUGUCAAAAAGUGGCAUAGAAAUAUGCUUGGAGAUGGUGAGGUUGAGUUGUAUCCAAGAAGCACUGAAAUAUCUGAAAUCUCCAUAUGGAAGAAAUGCUCAUAAUACAAAGUUCAAAUCAUGCCACUGAUGUUCAGACUCUUUAAUAGCUCCAGAUAAUUUUGGUCAUUGAUUAAAAAUAACAAACUGGUUUGUUAGUGUAGGAUAGUCACAACUGAAUUUUAGUCUUCAAGCUCAGACAUAAAGUUGGCCUAGCGCAGAGGUAGGCCACUUUGGCUCUUUUUAUGACUCGUGGACUUCAACUCCCAGAAUUCCUGAGCCAGCAUGGCUCAGCUUGGAAACCUCUCCCUUUCCCCUCAGCAUAGCUGGCUCAGGAAUUCUGGGAGUUGAAGUCCACGCCUCAUAAAAGAGCCAAGGUUGCCUACCCCUGGCCUAGCUGAUAGGCAAUUUUUCCAUUGAUAAACCAUUACUCUGGCUUCCAAGAGGCCAAAGAAAUUCUGACAGAAAAAUGAAAUGCAUUUCACAGACUGGAUAUAAAGGCUCGUUAAUUUGCAGGAGACUACUUGUUUUUUUUUUAGAAAGACUACACUUAGAUUGUCUUGCAGUGUUCAGGAUGUAUUAGGAGAAUAGCAACGUGGAAUUUUGAGAAAGGAUGGGGGGAAGAGCAGGGAAAGAGGCUUUCUUAGGCAAAUUGUGGGUUGAGACUGAAUAUUUGAAAUUGAAACCUUUAUGUACAUGAUUAAAUAUUCAGGAGUAUAGUUUCUUAAUUUUGUGUCUGUGGGCGCGCACAUCUAUGUGUGUGCCCACGAGAAAGAGAAAUUGUAAAUAUUUUGUUUGAUCCAUUGCAGUUUUCCCUUUCGUCGCAUAGCAAUGUACACAAUUCGCUGUCAAGGAGUUUUCCCAAAAGAUUCAUAAAGAUUUCAUGUGUGCUUAAGAUUGCCCUUCUCUCCUUCUUACUAAAUAUAUUAUCCCAACCAAUCCACAAAACAAACAGCAUCCAUUCCCAGAACAACAGUCAACAAUGAAACUUUCAGAAUUCUAAUUUCUAGGAUUUAAAUUUUAAAAAGUUAAUGAGUGUAUUUUCACUUUUUUUCCAUUCAUCUUUUAAUUUGUAAAAAUUAUAUAAAGAUGUAUUUUAUGUCAUUGUUAGCAAAUAAAUACUGAUUAUUUUUUUCCCAAGCCCUGUACUUUGGAGGGGAAUGAACCGGUGUGCAGGCUGACUCUGUCAAGCUCCACAGUGGCAAAUAAAGUAUAAUUUGUAAUAGUCUACAACAAUAUUCUAUCAGAUGCUUAUAAACUUUUCCUUAUCUACAAAAGCAUUUUGUUUUCUAAUCCGUGAACCUAAUUUUUCAUUAGUGCUUGCUGAGAAAAACUAGCAGUUGUAUGAAAAGGCACAAGCAUGCUAGCACUACUUUGAAAUAACAAUACAUCCCUUCCUAAAGCUAAAUCACCUUUCUUCUUGACUAGAUAACCUUACUGUAAAAUUGAACUUUUAUACUGUGAUCUAGAAUACAUUAUAUUGAAUUUCUUAAAAUCUAUUUCUAUUUUUGUGUUAUUGCAUAUUCUUACAGGUGUGUGUGUUACUGGAUGGAAGGUUUGUUUCUUAAAACUGUGUACUGUCUUUCAGUUUGGCUGGAAGAAAUAACUGUCAUGUUUGUUAUUGUUUACCACCAAAAAGUGAUGCAGUAAUUGCAGAGAGUACUGAAAUAGCUCCUUGUAGGCGCCAAAUCAUGAUUACCGUAAAAAAAAAAAAAA